CUCCCUUCUCUCCCCUCGAGAAGAGCGCGUCUUCGUCGCCAUUGUGCUUACGACUCCCUGUAAGCCUUCGGUAUCGCAAUCCCUCUGAUCCGCGAUGGGCUCCGAGCUCAUCUACCGCGGUCACGACGGCCCGCCGGCGGAGGACGGCGGCGAGUACUCCCCGAGGCCGGAAAAGCGGGUCGUUUGGCUCGCGCGGCCGUUCCGCUACCUCCUCCGCGAGCAGCGCCUCCUUUUCGUGCUCGUCGGGAUGGCUCUGGUCUCCGUCUUCUUCACCUUCGCGCCCCCCUCCGCCACGCCUUCCAGCUACGACUCCCGCCUCAUGGUUGACCGCGCCCGGCAAUUCUCGGUGCCGGCGGUGCACGGCGGGUACCGGACGGCGCUCGAGAGGGGCUUCGUCGGGGCAAAGGUGCCGCUGGGUCUGAAGCGGAAGCGGCUCCGCGUCGUGGUCACUGGCGGCGCGGGGUUCGUGGGUAGCCACCUGGUGGACCGCUUGAUCGAGCGGGGGGACAGCGUCAUCGUGGUGGACAAUUUCUUCACGGGGCGCAAGGAGAACCUGGUGCAUCACUUCGGGAACCCCAAUUUCGAGCUCAUCCGCCACGAUGUGGUGGAGCCGCUUCUCCUGGAGGUGGAUCAGAUCUACCACCUUGCCUGCCCGGCGUCCCCUGUCCACUACAAGUUCAACCCCGUUAAGACGAUCAAGACCAACGUGGUGGGAACUCUCAACAUGCUCGGCCUGGCCAAGAGAGUAGGAGCCAGAUUUCUCCUCACCAGUACCAGUGAGGUCUAUGGUGAUCCCCUGCAGCAUCCACAAACUGAGACAUACUGGGGCAACGUCAAUCCCAUUGGGGUUAGGAGCUGCUAUGACGAGGGCAAGCGAACCGCAGAGACCUUGACCAUGGAUUACCACCGUGGUGCCCAAGUCGAGGUGAGAAUUGCUCGCAUCUUCAACACUUACGGGCCUCGGAUGUGCAUCGAUGAUGGCCGGGUAGUGAGCAAUUUUGUUGCCCAGGCCUUGAGGAAGGAGGCUCUGACUGUUUAUGGGGAUGGAAAGCAAACCAGGAGCUUCCAGUAUGUCUCUGAUCUGGUGGAGGGGCUGAUUAAGUUGAUGGAGGGUGAGCAUGUCGGUCCAUUCAACCUGGGAAACCCUGGAGAAUUCACCAUGCUGGAGCUUGCAAAGGUGGUGCAGGACACGAUCGACCCUGAUGCCAAGAUAGAGUUCCGACCAAACACAGCAGAUGAUCCCCACAAGCGCAAACCUGAUAUCACCCGCGCCAAAGAGCUGCUUGGCUGGGAACCAAAGAUCUCCCUACGAGAGGGCCUCCCUCUUAUGGUCUCUGAUUUCCGCAAGCGUAUUUUUGGUGAUCACUCCGAAGUUGAUUUAACCACAUCGGGCACCGCCACCAUCACGGACAAUGGAUCUCCUUAAGACACAUUGCUCAUGUUGCUGUUCUGACUCUCAAACCCGAUUCAUCCUAUGCAAAGAUGAAAGGCCCAUACAGAAGCACAAUGGAAAAUCAGCUUAUAUUUCAUUGAUAUUCCUAAUGAUUGAGCAUGUUUUUUCUUUUAAAUUCUUCGUGCUGCAGUAGCUCGGCUGAGAGCUAGCUGCAAUGCACUUUUUCUCUCUCUCUCUCUCUCUCUCUCUUUUAUGUGUUUUUCAUCAUAGUUUUUUAUCUUCCUUCUUCUUUUAGAGAUUGAACCAGCUGUCCUUUUAUUGUGGUUAUAUGAAUUUAAUAUAGUGUUUAACAUAGUUUAUCAGUUUUUUUUA